UCCGCUAUAAAGAGAGCGCCGUCUGCUACUGGAGAACUCGCCGGAUCUUCCAACUGCAGUAAAGAUCAACAGCGAGAACCAAUGGAAGACGAGGCGGCAGUUAUAUAUGGAAUAGAAUUUCCGGCGCGUACAUUGGCAGCAUUGUCAGCAGAAACCGACACAGUAUGCUUCCUGGUGGGAACCCAGUCACUGAAAUUUGAUAAUCAAAUACAUUUUUUAGCCUACGAUGAAGAGACGAACUCGCUGAGCAAAAGCGUUUUUCUUCACGGCGCUGGUGAAGUCUGGCACUUGAGCUGUUCCCCAACUGACAAGACACUGUUUGCUUCUUGCUACAAUGAAGUCACGCAAGAUGGAAAAUGUGAAAUGCGUGGAGCCAUCUGGAAGCUUCCAGACACGCUUCCUACAGACCACGUCACACCGCCAGACGAUUCCUCAACCUCCCUUCCUAACCUGGAAAAGCUAACAAAACUGGACACUAAGAAGUAUGGCAAAGAAGUGUGCCGAAUAAUUUGGGAACCUUCCAAAGGUGAUAGGAUUGCCUCAUUGGUGGAUAACAACCUCCUCCUUUGGGACCUUGCAAAGAGUGACGAGACAGCAACCCUCACAGGUUGCAUUACAGUUGAGCUUAAAGGCAACCCAAAGCUGACUUGCGCUGCCUGGAACCCCCAUCAGAGCUGCUCCGUCAUCGCCACUGCAGUAGACACUGCGGUCAAGGCGUUUGACCUGCGCAGCAUGCAGCAGGUGUGGCAGAUUGAAGGUGCCCACGGUCAACUCGUCAGAGAAAUGGACUUCAACCCAAACCGACAAUACUUCCUCGCAACAUGCGGCGAUGACUGUUUGGCCAAGUUCUGGGAUGUACGGAACCCUUCUUCUCCUGUGCUUGUCCUGGAUGACCAUUCGCACUGGGUUUGGAGUGUCCGCUACAACCAUUUUCACGACCAGCUUGUGCUGACGUCGAGCAGCGAUUCUCGUGUCAUGCUGUCACGCGUCGCAUCAAUCUCGUCUGAGCCUUUUGGCCAUCUGGUAGACGACGAAGAAAAACCGGAGGAGCAGAAUGUUGCACAGGUCUGCGAGAAAGACGGCGUCAUCGCAACGUACGAGGAGCACGAGGACAGCGUCUACGCUGUUCAGUGGUCGGCAGCUGAUCCCUGGAUGUUCGCCUCCCUUAGUUAUGACGGACGUCUUGUGCUGAACCGGGUACCGCGUGCCGAGAAAUAUCGUGUCCUUCUGUGACAUGCAGAAUUCCUGCCUUGCAUUAGGCUGACCUUGAAGCGUGAAAGUGUUAUACCUCUGCAAUAUGGGCAGCCUUCAAUAGUCACUGAAACCAAUGGCAGUUGAAAAAGUGUGUGGCACCACCAAGGAUGUAACAUAUCAUCCUGUAAGGGAGCAUUAGAUCCAAUACUUCCUGACAUUUGACACAUUAAACACUUGGUGGUGCCGCAGGCAUGGUUCAUUAUUCAGUUUUCAAUGGUUAUUGAAACCAAUGGCCGUUGAAGAUGCACAUAGCGCCACCAAACAGGUUACGUGUCAACUUCUCAGAGCGCAUUGGAUCAAACGUUCCCUGGCAGGUUGACGUGUUACAUGUUUGGUGGUGCGUGCGCAUCUUUCAUCAUUCACUCUUCAAAGGUUAUUGAAACCAAUUGCCGUUGAAAUGCGCACAAUGCACGUAGUGCCACCAAGCACGUCACGUGUCAGCUUGUCAAAGACCAUUGGAUCCAGCGCUCCCUGGCAGGUUGACAUGUUACAUGCUUGGUGGCACUACGUGCAUCUUUCAAUAUUCAGUCUUCGAUGGUAAUUGAAACCAACGGCCGUUGAAAAUGCGUGUGGCGCCACCAAGCAUGUAACACGUCAACCUGCCAGGGAACGUUUGAUCCAAUGCGCUCUUGUGAAGUCGAAUUAACAGUGCGCAUUGCUGAUGCAAUGACCAUGAAUGCUGCCUAACAGGUUGACACGUUUCACGCAUGGUGGCGCAACCUGCAUGUUCAAUAGCAGUUGGUUGAAAUGACUAUUGAAGACUGCUCGUGUGGCGAGGGUAUUAAACUGGUGAUUAAAAAAGACAAAGCCAAGAUGACCAUAAAAAUGGUGCAAAUGAUGUCGAUUUGUUACUUUUCCCCAGCAUGGCGAAUGCACUUCCCUUUCCUCAAUAUGUACAGGUGCACACUGUUGCCUUCCUAUAUUUUCCACUUGCUCGUCCUGGCUUCGACUGAUGCGACAAGUCCUUGCCCUAUCACACCAAAAUCUUCCAAAAUGGCUUCUACAUUUGGGAUCAGUUUGCCCUCUCCAUUCAGCAUACGUCCCGGCACUGCAGAUAUCUGCGAAGAAAGGAAACAAACCUUGAAGGUUUCUUAACAUUUUUGUGUAGUGAUGGGACAAAUCCAGAACUUUCCGAAUCCAAGGAAGGUUCUGUGAAUCCGCAAAUCUUACGAAUCUUACUGUGUGCAAAGUAUUUAGUGACCUCACAAAACAUGAUCUGGCUCCAUUCACAAUGGCUAUAGCAUCGUUAAGGCUGCAUUUUCUGAAAAAUUCUGUCGAAUAAGGAGCUGAGAGCUGCUGGGCUUUAUCAUUGCACACACUGAAGCAAGUAUUUUUACAACUGACAUAUGUGAGCACAUUAUUUGAUAUUAGAAGUUUUGCUAGUACAUUCAACCCUCGAUUUAUGAACACCCUCGGUUCCCGGAAAAAUCGUUCAUAAAUCGAGGGAUUUAUAGAUAGAAAAUUCUGUUACGUCAGUACUAUCAGCUGACGAAACAGUAUUUCUGAGUUGGGAUUGUGUUUAUAAUUCAAUAUAUUGUGUAAUGUUGCUUUUGACCAGGCCUUCUGCUAUACACUUGGUCGUCCCUAAUGCGUCCCCAGAAAACCCGUUUGUUGUUCGAAUUUCGAGGGGUUAAAAACGAAGGGUGCAAUAUCUGGAAAAAGAUUUGUCCGUUCCGGCAUCAUUCAUAAGACCACGGAAUAAUCCACUGGAACAUUUCUGUUGACCUCGGAACCAUCCGUUCAUAAAUUGAGGGCAAAAACGAUGGGCAACUCCUAGUUGGUCCUAGAAAUUCCAUUCAUUAUUCAGAUAUCGAGGUUCAUAAAAGGAGGGGAAAAUGCAUGUAAAAUGUUCGGUUCCUCGUGCUCCUGUUCAUAAAUCGAGGGUUGACUGUA